UUUGUACCAGGAAGAAGCUGUGACUAGUAAAUGUUACUUAAGAGGUUUACAUAAGUAUGAUACGUUUAACACAUUUGUGCAUUUUCCUGAUGGUGUUGUUGUCACAUGGAAUUAUGGGACUAAGUACUGAUGAAUCUAGUAGAAGCAAUUCUUACUAUGGUGCUUUUGUUCAAUUUCAAUACAAAGAUUCACAUGUCGGAUCCACUGUUACAUUGGGUUCAACAGAUCCACUUGAUGAAGUAGGUAGAUAUGGUUUCCACUCUCCUAUAAAAAAUAUCUCUGGUCAAAUAGUAUACGCGGUGACCAGUAAUGAUAUAAGAGAUGGCUGUAAGUUUAACUACGGCUCUGUUCAUCUCCCAUCUCCAUGGCUUGCUUUGGUUUCACGCGGAAAUUGCACUUUUGCAGAAAAAAUUGACAACGCUGCAAAAUGGAAUGCCAGCGGCAUAAUAGUUUAUGAUUUGGAAAAGAACACAAACUUAGAGACAAUGAGCCAUGCAGAUUCAACCAAAAUUGUUUCUGUCAUGAUAAAAUAUGGGCUUGGAAUAAGCGUUGGUAACUUGGCUCAGCAAGGAACAAAAGUGAAUUGUUUUGUCGAAGCUGGGAAAGAAUAUCCAGAAACAAGCGGAUUUCAACUUGAAAGGACUUCAAUCAUAUUUGUAUCGGUGUCAUUCAUGAUUCUAAUGCUUGUGUCUUUGGCGUGGCUUAUAUUUUAUUACAUCCAACGACUACGAAUACUACAAGCUCACAAUCGUGGAAUGCGCCAUCGUAACCGGUUGGCCCAGCGCGCUGUCAUGCAGUUGAAAACUAGAACCAUUAAACCAAAUGAUGAGAUUGUAUCAACAGAAUCUGUGUGUGCCAUUUGUAUUGAAAACUAUAAGACAGCUGAAGUGGUUCGUGAAUUACCUUGCCGGCAUAUAUUUCACAAGAAGUGUGUAGAUCCAUGGCUGCAUACAAAGCACACAUGUCCGAUGUGCAAAAUCAACAUUAUCAAGACCACUGGGAAUUGUGAGGACAAUGAUAGUGGCCAUUUUAAUGAUGGGGCUCUGGUCUCAGUUAAUUCUGUCAAUCAAGAUAUGGAAAUGGAGGCCAUCAUUGCCACAGAACCCAGCCCACCAGCCUCUACAACAACCACAGAUGAUGAACAAGCACAGUCCACAAGUAACUUCACUGAACCAAAAACAUCAGAGCAGCAGCAGGAGCACCUUGCUGUUUAAUCCUGAAUUCGAGUGUUCCCUCUUUUUCAAUUCAGUUUACAUUUAUUUUUCAUUACCAAUUGCAUUUUUCAUGUAGACCGAUAUUGUACAAAAACAAAACGUUUUACAUAAUUUUUAACUACGUUCUUGCUACUCCAGUGUAACUAUUUCCUGAUCAUCGCUCUUAAACUCCGAAAGUUAUUUUAUUUUGAUUGUGUAAAGUUUCUAAAUUAACCAUUAAGAAAGUCUGUACAAAACUUAUAUAAAAGCAACUUUAUUCAAUUUUAGCCCAACUUUCUGAGAACCCCCUGUCUUCUCCAGCCAAUACCACGUAGUUUCAUAACCUUGUAUUUCAAAUCUAGAUUCAGUUUUACCAUAUUUUACAGUUGCUAAUUCUUGGCACAGUUACGUUAAUACCUUACCCUCUGAACCAGUAUUCCACAUGCACUUGUAAUUACGCACUGUAUGUUCAUCGCAGACUCUCUGACUAAAAGACCUAAUAAAUCUGUGCACAUUUUCCA